AUGAGCACGGCCGCGCCGGCUGCGCCGCCUAGCGCGACCCCAUGGAGCUCGCUGCGAAGAGUAUCCUAUACGCUACCUACUCUUGUGUCGCUGCAGGACGAUCCGCGGCACAGGUACCUCGCGGACGGCGACCACAACCACCGCGCGCUGCCCGUGCUGGACCUCGGCCUCGAGCCGCAUUCCCGCGCCGGCGGCGCAUGCCUGGGGUCGGCGCCGCAGGUGCGCAUCCUCGAAGAGGGAGGGGGGGUGCGUCCCGCGCUCCCACGCGAGAUGCAGCCGCAGCACAUGCGCCCGGUCACCGCCUUGGCCCUGGACACGCAGACGAACGUGCGGAGCUCGCCGCACGGCACGCCCACGACAGGCCUUUUGUACAGUGGUGGCCGCGACGGGCUGGUAUGUGUGUGGGAGCUGGGCCUCGGCGGCGCGCCGACACGACCCCACUUUCGCCAGAGCAUCCGCGCACACAAUAACUGGAUCGCCGCGAUGCUCCUCUGCAACCAGAGUCAGACGAUCGUAACAGGCUCCUCCGAUUGCACGAUCAAGGCGUGGCGGCCACAUGACGAGGGCGGCGGCGAUCUCUGUGAACUCGGCACGCACAAGGACUUUGUCAAGGCACUUGCACUUGCGCCGGCUGCCGACUGGAUCGUCAGCGCAUCACUCGACCGUCAGACUUGCCUCUGGGACUUGCGCGAGGGGAGAAAGGCACCGAUGUGGCGCGCAACGGCCCCGGCUGCGAUCUAUGCCGCGGGAUCGAGCCGCAGCGGCGGCGUCAUUACUACGGGCGGCGUCGACAAGGUCGUGCGCGGCUGGGAUCCACGCAUGCGCGAUUCGACCUUUGAGCUCGUCGGGCACCAGGACAAUGUGCGCACGCUGGCCGUGGCCGCGGAUGGCCGGCACGUCUUGUCAGGCUCGGCAGAUACGACGCUGCGCCUGUGGGACGUCGCUCAGCAGCGCUGUGUACAUACCUUCACGCACCACAACAGCAGUGUGUGGUCCUUGUACACCAGCGACGAGACGCUCGGGACGUUCUACUCGGGCGACCGCGAUGGGUAUUUGUGCAAGGUCGACUGGGACGCCAAGACGGAUCUCAGCGAGGGCGACUGCAUCCUGCUCGCCCACGAGCAGUGUGCAGACGCAGGCACAGAUACAAUGCGUUCUGCCAGCAUCCAGAGCAUUGUCGCUGACCACGGCCAAAACGUAUGGACCUCCAACGUGCUCACGCCGUCGAUCCGGCGAUGGUCCGACAUUCCUUCGCGCACAAACCGCAUGCGCGUCUCGGAGAUGCACCCGCCCACAUUCGAGCACUUGCACGGCGUCGCGCUCGAUCACUGCAUCAACCUCAAGCCGGGCGAUACGUGGAAGGCCUUGUCCGACUCGGGGCUCGCGGAGCUAAUCGGCGGCGUCUCGCAUUCGCCGACGGCCACACGCUUUGCGCCGAGCGAGGAUCUCGUGCAACAGAACAUUGCGCAUCUUCCGCGUGAAAAGCAGGUGCAGAUCAUGCGCCAGAUUGCCUACGCAAGCUGCGUCGUGGCUGAAGAUGCCAAGCCGCUCUUUCCGCAGCCCGAAUGCGAAGUGGGCGGACACCCCGGCGCGCUGCGCGCGGUCGUGCUCAACGACCGCAUCCACGCUCUCUCGAUCGACACGGGCGGCGUCGUCGCACUGUGGAAUAUCGUGCGUGCCGCGUGCCUGGGCACGUUUGACGUGGACCGCGUCCGGCACGCAGGGACCGUCUUUUCUUUGCAGGCGAUGCCGACCGUCGGCGCGCCGGAGCACCCAUGGCGGCCCCAGGACACGCCAGGCGAUACCCUCGAGCUCGUGCAGAGCUUGAUCGAGGGCGACGGUGUCGUUCCACCGUGGUGCUCGCUGGAUACGUCCGUCGGCGAGCUUAUUGUGCACCUCGACGAAGACAAGGUAUGGGGCGCCGAGGCGUACCUGGACGAGAUCGCUGCCCUCCCUUUUCCGAACCAACAACGGGGUCCUUGGACCGAAGAGCGCGUGAGUCUGGGCGUGUGCGUGCUCCGUAACCUCUUUGCUCAGGUGAAUGCCGCAGAGGCGUCUUUGCGUUCCGCCCACUCGGACGGCGUUCCGCUUUUGGUUCGUGCGCUUACCUCGGGCCGUGCGACGCCCGAAUCGUUGCUGCAGAUGCCCCUCACCGAGGUGCUCCCGCCCGAGCUCGGGAAGGGCGCCGCGCCAAACGAGACCUUGGAGUCUCUCUUGGCACGGAUGACGGCGUUUGCGACCCAGGCACCGGCUGUGCCGAUGCAGACGCAAACCAAGGCUGCCUGUGCGAAUACAGGACCGCUUGCGAGCAUCCUCUUGCACAUCCUGCACGCCACACAAGAGCAAGCCCGUACAGACACUACUUCGGCGACCACCAAUGGAACGAGUCCUGUGGACGGCGCAGCGUCGCCGACCGGCUUAUUCGGCCUGUGGCGUCCCAAUGCACCACGCAAAGGCGACAAGGCCGCCGCGGCACAACCGGCGGCCGUGGCCCCCGUCGCCCCUGAAGCACAGCAUGUAAAGCAAAUCACCCAGCUGCUGCAAGGCGCGCUGCGUCCCCCUCCGCCGACCAAAGGAGCCCCCCACAUUCCUUAUCCCCCCUCGACGCUGGUCACAAUCUCUCAUGAUCUACGCAGCUCAGAGCAUCAGCAGACCGCAUACCGUGGGCGUGUAGAGCACAUGGCCCGCGAUACCCCUCUCUUGGAGCUCUUGGCGCCGUACUGGCUCAUGGACCUGCUGCUGAACGGCCGCGCACCCGAGCGCGAGCCGCACCGCUUCAAAGUGGUGCUGGAUCCGUGGACCGCACCUCCGAAUGAUCCCCAAGGUGCAGCAUGCCAGCUGCCUGCCGUGCGCCCCAUCGAUCGGGUCUUGGCGUCUGCGCGCAUGGUCCGUGCAGGGCGCGUGACGACAUAUAUCCAAGGGCUCUUGGUGCACGUCGGUACGACGCUCCCCCCCGCGUCGUCGCCACACGAGUCGCCCAUCGAGCUGCUGUGCAAUGGCAUGCUCCUUGACCCCUACACGACGCUCGCGCAGUGCCAGCGGCACUAUUGGAAGUCGAGCCAAGACAUGGCGCUGCAGUACCGUCUCCGAUCACCGCCUUCCGUUUCAUAA